AUGGCCAUGUCUUGCCGGUACGCAGCGCGAAGCUGCUCUCGCCAGCUGCGAUCCCUCGGCCCGGCCAGAGCCUCCGCACAGAUGCUUCGAGUCGCCUCGACGACAAGGCGAUGGAACUCGGCCGAGACAGCCGCCUCGACGAACCCCAAGAUUGCACAGAUCGUCGACCAGAUCAGCCAAUUGACGCUGUUAGAGACUGCCGACCUCGUCUCUAGCUUGAAAAGCAAGCUCAACAUCCCCGACGUGCCCAUGGGCGGCUUCGCCGCCCCUGCUGCCGGUGCUGCUCCCGCCGCCGCCGUCGAAGAAGCCGAGGAAGCCGCCCCGGCCGCAGCCGAGAAGACGCUGUUCACCCUCAAGAUGCAAGCAAUCGACGCCGCCGCCAAGGCCAAGAUUAUUAAAGAAGUCAAGGGCCUCUUGGGCCUGAGUUUAGUGGACAGCAAGAAGUUUGUCGAGAGCGUGCCGAAGGUCAUGAAAGAUAAUAUCCCCAAGGAAGAGGCGGAGAAGAUCAUUGCCAAGAUGAAAGAGCUGGGCGCCACCGUCGUGAUGGAGUGA